UAAGUUUCACAUUGUAGUCAGAGAUAGUUAACGAUGUUUAAUUUCAGCUGUUAGUCAGAAGUGAACGAUAAAAACAUAGUUGAAUAAGUAAACUUCCUAACAAGUGAUAUAAAACAUUUAUGAAUGUUUGAUGUGAUAUUAUUUACAUUGUUACAUGUGCCUGCAUGAUAGGAAUACUAAACAUGGCGAAUUCAAAUAGUUCGAUAGAGCAAUGGACAAGAACGGUAGAUAAGAAACUCGGCAACUUAGAAACGCAAAUUAAAGAAAUAAACAAGAAUGUGGAAAUAUUGCUGAAAACCGUUAAAGCGCCAAAACCAAGAACGAGGCGUUCAAAUACCCGAAAACCUUUGGACUUUCCCGAUCUUGACAUCAGACAGUUGCAACACCUUCAGGAGGCUAUCAAAGUAAAUCUGUGUGCGUUUGUAGAUAAUUUGACACUAGAGGGAGGAGAGGUCCUAGACAGACUAGUUGAAGAAAGUUGCAUAAACGAUGAAGAGUACCACAGUAUUCGAGCUCGAUCGACGCCAAAGGAUAAGUGUAGGUUAUUGAUGGUCAAAAUAAAGAACAAAGCUCCUCAUGUAAUCCAAAAGUUUUUGAAAGUUUUAGAAGACGAGCCUGUAAAUGCUCACAUUGUACAAAAGGUAAAUGAAUCUCUUGAACAAAUUACAAAAACGAAAGCCACCAGGAAGUGUUUGAUCUGCAUCAUGAAAGCUACAGUAGACAUAAAAGAUAUUGCGGAUGAACUUCUCAGCAAAGAAAUGAUACAGGAUGAACUGUAUGAGGAGAUAGUACAAGCUGAAAGCCCACAGAACUUACGUCCACAUUUUUGGGAAUGUAUUAUUGAACACAUAAAGGGUUCGUCAGAUCAACGGAAUGAUAUCAAAGUCUUAAUUGAGUGUCUGAAAAAGCAAUAUUCUCAUAUAGCGUCAUGUCUAACUGACGUAGAAUGUCAUACGGUACUCCAAUGUUGCUUCUGUACAUAUCGCAGACGUAACAAGGGCAAAAGGCUACGAGAAAGCUACUUCGAAAAUGAAACGGAUGCUAGUGCGACAUCAGAAAGAUCAGAGUUUAGUGACAGUGAGAGUUUACAGUCAUCUUACUAUGGUUAUCAUGAAGAGGAGGAGGUAACCAUGAGGCCUAAAGAAAGAAGGUCUGCAGACAGAAAAAAGAAAAUACAAGAAUUUAAUACUUUCCUAAAAAACGACUAUAAUCCAAACGAGAUGCUAAAGGAUGCUGAAGAAACUGAUGUAAAACAAACUGCUUCACGUAAAAGUAGAGUAGUAUUUUAUGACAUUAAAGAAGUUAAUGAUGAAAAGACUAGUCCAACGCAUGAAACUUCCGUUACCCGUCCAUUUAUACAGGUUCAACAUGAACAAGUUCAAGAAAAAGAUCAAUCUGAAAGGGUUAUUUAUGACGGUCAAGCUAAAGGUGCACAAUAUAGAGAAAAUACAACACAGACAUCAAUUGAAGGUUUGCAUCAUGAAAUCGACGACAAAUGUUCACAGAGUGAUGACAUAAGUCAGAAUGGUCCACGUGCCAUGUCAUACAAAGAUACAUCUGCAAAACUGGAAAAGCACAGUGUGAGAGACGUGAAAUAUGACUCAAAUGCCUCAGCUAAGAAUGCGUAUGUAAAUACUAGUAUACCAUAUUUAGACUUCCGCUUUGGAAAAAGGCGUGACGAUAAAGAUUACAAUGGGUCAACAAAGGCGACUUCCAUACUCGGUGCCAAUAAGAUUUCUAGCGACUCUGAAUCUAAAGUGAGAACUAUGAUAAGUUUAUUCACAGAAAAAGCUUCUAAGCACUCUUAGUGGUAUGCAAUAGUUAUCCAUGAACAGAUAAAGAAAUUAUGAAUAACCUUUUACUUUGCAGCAAACCAUAGUGUGUGUUUUUUGCAAUUAUCUUCAAGAUAAAUUAAAAUGCAGAUUAUGUCUUUGGUUAUAACAUGUACAACAUGUUUAAAAUUAUGAUAUUCCGUAGAUUUCUAUGCUCGGCACCCCAGCGUAUCAUAACCUAUAUGAUACCCUGGGCAAAUUGGCUAGGGAAACUUCGUAAAUCUUGAAUAUUUAUAAGCAUUUUCCGACCAGUGAAAUAGCCGAUAAUAAAAAGGAAAGAAUCUCCUUUGUGAAGAGCUAUCGGCAUCUUUAACAAUAUCCUGCCUAAAACGAUUUGUAAGCCGCGAUCAUUUUGGAUUAUUUCGAACCGAGAUUACAUCCAUAACUUCUCGGUCAUUUCCGCACCGCAUGAGGUGUGUCUCAUGCGACCAAUCAAGCGGCUGGAUUUCACCUUAUUAAUUAUUUAUGAGUACGAGAUUUUUAUAGCUGAUUUGCCAUAUAGGUUAUGAUACGCUGCGGUGCCGAGGAUGUUAAUUUCCUGUUGUUAUAUGUUAUAUGUUAGGAGGAUGCAUAUUAAUGGAUAAAAUGCCGCUGUUUUUGUUGUUGUUACUGUUAAUGUUGAUAAAGAGGAUGUUAAAUUUA